AUGGCUGUCAAUUUCUACAUUGCUGCUUGUACGGUCAUCGAAGCGUUUCUUGGAAUUUCUCCACUUCGAGAGUCCAGGAAGGCUGCCAUCAAGGUUGAUCAGAACAAUUCUCACUUUCCGACCCCUGACGAGGAGCUGCCCAUAAUUGAUCUGAUCAUUGUUGCCUACCUUCCCAAUGAGCAAGACAUUGUCAAAGAUCAAGUUUCCUAUGCCCUGGACGAGCUAGUAUACCCUCGGGACAAGCUUCGAAUCAAUCUUGGUAUGGGUGAUCAAACAUGGCUGUCAAUAGGCAUGUGA